CAACAUCCGCCGGACGGCCACCUGCCGGGCGCACGGGGAGGUCGCCUGCAUCACUGUCACCAAGGAAGACUUCCAGGAGAUCUGCCCCUUCUGCCCCACGCCCAGGCAGCUCUCAGAGCCAGACAUGGCCAUGCUGGAGGUUCCCUCCCUUCCUGAGCCCGGACGCGCCCUGGGCCCUGAGCCCGGCCCGGCUCCACUGCAGCUCCAGGACCUGGCAGCCGUGCGCUACAAGGACGGGCAGCACCAAGGGCUCCCUGUGGUCCUGGGCACCGGCGGCUUUGGCAGAGUUGAACUGGUGCGCGGGCGGGGGCAGCUCUUCGCCCUCAAGCGGAUCCGCAAGGAGCACGUGGUGCUGAGGCGGCAGCAGGAGCAUGUGCGCACGGAAAAGCGGGUGCUGGAGCGGAGCUGCUGCCCCUUCAUCGUGGGGCUCUUUGGCACCUUCAGGGACAGCCAGUAUGUCUACAUGCUGCUGGAGUUCUGCCCGGGGGGCGAGCUGUGGACCAAGCUGCGUGAGGUGCGCUGCUUCGAGGAGGAGGUGGCCGUGUUCUGCUCAGCCUGCGUGGUGGAGGCACUCGACUAUCUGCACGGCAACGGGAUCGUGUACCGGGACCUCAAGCCCGAGAACCUGAUGCUGGACAAGCAGGGCUACAUCAAACUGGUGGAUUUCGGCUUUGCCAAGGAGCUGGAGCAGGGGGAGAAGACCUACUCGUUCUGUGGCACUCCCGAGUACCUGGCACCUGAGAUCCUGCGGCACGAGGGCCAUGACUUCGCCGUCGACUUCUGGAUGAUGGGCAUCCUCAUCUUCGAGAUGCUGGUGGGCCGGUGA